AUGGAGCAGUUGCAGAAUGUGGCCUCCCAGCAGGCAAAACUUAUCACAACGCGAGUCACGGAGCUGCUUUCCCGGGGACAGAGCUGGCUGCUGACCGAGUUUGGCGUAGAUCUGGGGCUGAAUCCCGAGCUCAUUCCGCCAUGGAUGAUCCUCUUAGCUGCAUGCACCGGGUUUCUACUUAUGCUGGCUCUGUGGGCCUCACUAUGUCGGGCCGCUUUCAAGAAACAACCUGUCAUCAAAGCCGGGGAAGACUCUGUUGUUGAACAUAAGCGAGCGUCAAAAGUGGUCAGAGAGGAACCGAAGAAAAAAAAGAAGAAAUCAAAAUCUCAGCCCAACGGGCGAGCAGCAGUGGAACCUCAGGAAGAAGAACCCGUAGGACAAGAGGAGGUAGUGCCACAUCAGCAGCAGCCUGAGCCUCCAGUAGCAGUGAAGACUGAGAAGACAGUGGAGGGAAAGAAAUCUAAGAAGAAGUCCAAACAAGCAACAAAAGAUCCAGCUAAGAAUGUCACUACAGAAAGCAAAGAACCAGAAGAAGGCACUUGGGAGACCAAGGUCAGUAACAAAGAAAAGCGUGAACAGCGUAAGAAGGACAAAGGCAGUGAUGGCUCCUCCAGUCCAGGAGGAGGAGACUCUCGAGUUUUUACGGCCAUAGAGCAGCCAAAGACUUCUGCAGCUGCUCCACCUGCUAGUCAAAAGAAGAAGAAAGGAGGAGACGUUAAAUUGGAGAAAGUUGAAUCUGAUGUGGCCAAAGCACUUGUGAAAACUGAACCAGCGCCUGUCCCUGCGGCAGCGGUGACUAAAAUCCCUCCUCAGACUGUUGCUCCAAAGACUGUAAACUGGUCUACGAAUCCAGAGCCUGCAUCACUCUGGGGAUCUGAAAUUGAUGGAUCAUGGACUGUAAUUGAUAAGAGCAGCCUUGGGACCUUCACUGGACUGGGGGUGCCUAGUGAGCCAAAGUCUGUGAGGAAGCUGCCGUGGCUCGAUCAACCUGCUGUGGAUGAUGAGUGGUCCGGCAUCAAUGGUGGUGGUAAUGACUGCAACUCUGACUGGAAUGCUCCGUCUGAGGUUUGGGGCAAUUAUGAAGAACCUGCCCCUGAACCUGCCGUACUGGAGGAGCCGCCAGUUCCCGAACCAAACAAGAAUGAACUUCUCAUUGAGGCAGCUAAUGAUGACAAUGAGGAGGACAAAGCUGACAGCAAUGGAGCAGCUAAAAGUAAAAAGAAGAAGAAGAAGAAAAAGAAGACAACUGAGGAGGAAGCCCCUGGACAGAAUGAAGAGCAAGAGAAGGACCUCCCCGUGUCCUCGGUGAAGCAGCCACAGGAAGUCCCAGUGGUGAAGCCAGCCGCUACUGAGACAAAAGUUGAACGAACUAUGAAGGAGAAUAUAGUUCAGAAACCUGCUAUCACACAAGUGCCACAAAAGCCAACAGAUGUGGAUCUUGUUGCCAAGAGCAACCUUGCUUCAACUCAACAAAAAAAACCUGAGGAGAUUCAAGCGCCCAAACCAGCAAAGAAGAAGAAAGCGAGACGGGAGACAUGA